CCCUCUGGCCCCUCUUCCUGGUCUGACUCAUGCAAAACCGAGGCCCUGGGCCAGCAGAGCUGCUGAGACUGAGGAAGGUUCCACCCGACAGGCCCAUUUGGCUCUUGGCACCUUGCUCUGCGGCCACUGCUGAGCCGUUCAGAGCUGGAGGAGCCCAGGCAGGGACUCUGGGCGCAGCCUUCUGAGGCCCACCCGCCUGGGGUGCUGCACCGAGAGCUUUCCUCUUGGCCAGUCACCCUGACCUUGGGCUCAGCUGGGAGCUGGGCCUCAGUGCCCAUCCCUGCCUCCUAGGCACUGCAGCAGGGGUCUCUUGUGCUGGGGAAUCUGUGAUUAAGGCUUGGCUUGGAGUGCGAGUCGUGCUUGGUCAUCAGCUUCCCAGGGACUUGGGGGGAGCCACUAGAGUCCCACCAAGUGUCCCACCAAGUGUCCAGCCUCUUCCACAGCCCAUCAGUCUCCCUAGAAACAUGAGUGUGAGCCGGACCAUGGAGGACAGCUGUGAGCUGGACCUGGUGUAUGUCACAGAGCGGAUCAUCGCCGUGUCCUUCCCCAGCACAGCCAAGGAGGAAAACUUCAGAAGCAACCUCCGGGAGGUGGCCCAGAUGCUGAAGUCCAAGCACGGAGGCAACUACCUGCUGUUCAACCUCUCUGAGCGGAGACCCGACAUCACGAAGCUCCAUGCCAAGGUGCUGGAGUUUGGCUGGCCUGACUUGCACACCCCGGCUCUGGAGAAGAUCUGCAGCGUCUGCAAGGCUGUGGACACUUGGCUCAAUGCAGACCCACACAAUGUCGUCGUCCUGCACAACAAGGGAAACCGAGGUAGGAUAGGAGUUGUGAUCGCGGCUUAUAUGCACUACAGCAACAUUUCUGCCAGUGCGGACCAGGCUCUGGACCGGUUUGCAAUGAAAAGAUUCUACGAGGAUAAGAUCGUGCCCAUCGGCCAGCCAUCCCAGAGAAGGUACGUGCAUUACUUCAGCGGCCUGCUCUCCGGCUCCAUCAAAAUGAACAACAAGCCCUUGUUUCUGCACCAUGUGAUCAUGCACGGCAUCCCCAACUUUGAGUCUAAAGGAGGGUGUCGGCCUUUUCUCCGCAUCUACCAGGCCAUGCAGCCCGUUUACACAUCUGGCAUCUACAACAUUCCAGGAGACAGUCAGACCAGCAUCUGCAUCACCAUCGAGCCAGGACUGCUCUUGAAGGGGGACAUCUUGCUCAAGUGUUACCAUAAGAAGUUCCGGAGCCCCUCCCGAGAUGUCAUCUUCCGUGUGCAGUUCCACACUUGUGCCAUCCAUGACCUGGGAGUUGUCUUUGGGAAGGAGGACCUUGAUGAGGCCUUCAGAGAUGAUCGGUUUCCUGAAUAUGGCAAAGUGGAGUUCGUAUUUUCUUAUGGUCCAGAGAAAAUUCAAGGCAUGGAGCACCUGGAGAAUGGGCCCAGCGUGUCUGUGGACUACAACACCUCUGACCCCCUCAUCCGCUGGGAUUCCUAUGACAACUUCAAUGGGCAUCGUGACGAUGCCAUGGAGGAGGUGGUAGGACACACUCAGGGGCCACUGGAUGGCAGCCUAUAUGCCAAAGUGAAGAAGAAGGACUCCCUGAACGGCAGCACCGGGGCCAUCAAUGCGGCACGUCCAGCCCUGUCAGCCACCCCCAAUCACGUGGAGCACACAUUGUCCGUGAGCAGUGACUCAGGCAACUCCACAGCCUCCACCAAGACCGACAAAACAGAUGAGCCUGCCCCUGGGGCCUCUGGUGCCCCAGCUUCCUUGAGCCCCGAGGAGAAGCGGGAGCUGGAUCGCCUGCUCAGCGGCUUCGGUUUGGAGCGAGAGAAGCAAGGUGCCAUGUACCAUGCGCAGCAGCUCAGGUCCCGCCCAGCAGUAGGCCCGGCCAUGUCCUCCUCGGGCCGCCACGUCGUCCCAGCCCAGGUUCAUGUCAAUGGCAGGGCCUUGGCAUCUGAGCGGGAGACAGACAUCCUGGAUGAUGAGCUGCCCAAUCAAGACGGACACAGCGUGGGCAGCAUGGGCACCCUGUCCUCCCUGGACGGGGUUACCAACACCAGUGAGGGGAACUACCCAGAGGCUCUGUCCCCACUGGCCAAUGGCCUGGACAAGUCCUACCCAGUGGAACCUCUGGUCAAUGGUGGAGGCUAUCCCUAUGAGUCAACCAGCAGGGCAGGGCCCGCCCAGGCUAGCCACGUGGUCCCUUUGCGACCCUCCUACUCUGCACAGGAGGGUUUAGCCAUCUACCAGCAUGGGGGGUCCCACCCAGCCUGGUUGCAGCCAGUGACCACCUCCCACUAUAGCCAUGACCACAACGGCUUGUUCCGCUCUCAGUCCUUUCCGGACGCCGAGCCCCAGUUGCCCCUGGCUCCAGCUCGUGGAGGCAGCAGUCGGGAGGCCGUACAGAGGGGGCUAAAUUCAUGGCAGCAACAGCAGCCUCGCCCACCUCUGCGGCAGCAGGAAAGAGCCCAGCUGGAGAGUCUGGCGAGCAGCAGGCCCAGCCCCCAGCUGUUGGCAGAGCCCCCCAUGCCUGCUCUCCCGGAGUUCCCAAGAGCGGCCUCCCAGCAGGAGAUCGAGCAGUCCAUCGAAGCCCUCAACAUGCUCAUGCUGGACCUGGAGCCAGCCUCGGCUGGUACUCCACUGCACAAGUCCCAAAGUGUCCCAGGGGCCUGGCCAGGGGCUUCCCCGCUCUCCUCCCAACCCCCCUUAGGCUCUUCCUACCAGUCCCACCCACUGACCCAGUCCAGGUCUGGCUACAUCCCCAGUGGGCAUUCCUUAGCAACCUCUGAGCUGGUCCCCACUGGCAGGUCUUACUCACCUUAUGAUUAUCAGCCAUGUCCAGCUGGGCCCAACCUGGAUUUCCGUCCCAAGAGCCCAACCUCAGCCUCUGCACCUAACUUCCUCCCAACCACCCAUGCGCCUACAGGGCCUCAGCAGCCCCCAGCUACUCUCCCUGGCCUCACCACUCAGCCUCAGCUCCCACCCAAAGAAGCGACUUCAGAUCCUUCCCGAACUCCAGAAGAGGAGCCACUGAACCUGGAAGGGCUUGUGGCCCACCGGGUGGCAGCCUACAAUGCCAGACUGCAGGGCCUGGGGCAGAGUGGCAGCUCUCGGGCCCCUCCUCUCCACCGGCUCCGCUCUGCCUCUCUCUCGGGUGGCCUUCCUCCUGGACCCCCUCACAUCCGGAGACAUGCAGUUGAACACCUGGCCCCGCCGCCUGGAGCUGAGGAAUCCAGUCUUUUGGAAAUCGAAGGCUGGAAAGAAGAGCUGGGAGUGCAGGCUCGAGAGAAGCAGCCUGCCGAGCCUCCAGCUCCGCUCCGGAGGAGAGCAGCCAGCGACGGACACUAUGAGAGCCCGUCACCUGAAGCCACAUCCCCCCGGAGCCCUGGGGUUCGCUCCCCUGUCCAGAGUGUCUCCCCAGAGCUGGCUCUUACCAUCGCCCUCAAUCCUGGAGGGCGGCCCAAAGAGCCCCACCUGCACAGCUACAAGGAGGCCUUCGAGGAGAUGGAAGGAAGCUCCCCCAGCAGCCCACCACCCACUGGAGUGCGCUCCCCUCCAGGGCUGGCCAAGACACCCCUGUCUGCUCUGGGCCUGAAACCCCACAACCCAGCGGACAUCCUGCUGCACCCCACAGGUGCCAGAAGACUGAUCCAGCCAGAGGAAAAUGAGGGAAAGGAGGUGGCUGAGCUUCCAGAUGAGCCCCGGAGUUAUGUAGAGUCGGUGGCACGGACAGCAGUGGCCAGGCCCCAAGCUCAGGACACUGAGCCCAAGAGCUUCAGCGCCCCAGCUGCCCAGGCCUAUGGCCAGGAAACCCUGCUGAGGAACGGGACCUUGGGCAGCUCCUUUGUCUCCCCCAGCCCCCUCUCCACCAGCAGCCCCAUCCUCAGCGCUGACAGCACUUCAGUGGGAAGUUUUCCAUCAGGGGAGAGCAGCGAUCAGGGCCCCCGGACACCUACCCAGCCCCUGUUGGAUUCUGGAUUCCGUUCCGGCAGCCUGGGCCAGCCCAGCCCUGUGGCCCAGAGAAGUUACCAGAGCCCUUCUCCUCUCCCGACUGUGGGCAGCAGCUAUAGCAGCCCUGACUACUCACUUCAGCAAUUCAACUCCUCUCCAGAGAGCCAGGCCCGGCCUCAGCACAGCAUGGCCAGCGUCCAUAUGGUGCCAGGGAGCCCCCAGGCCCGCCACAGGACAGUGGGCACCAAUACUCCCCCAAGUCCUGGUUUUGGCCGGCGAGCCAUCAACCCCGCCAUGACUGCCCCUGGCAGUCCUGGUUUGAGUCAUCGCCAAGUGAUGGGUCCAGCAGGCCCUGGUUUCCAUGGUAACACGGUUUCCAGCCAUCCUAGCAGUGCAGCAUCCACUCCAGGGAGCCCCAGCCUGAGCCGGCAUCCUGGGGCCCACCAAGGCAGCCUGGCCCCCAGUGUCCAUGGAAAUGCAGUAGCCAGCCCUGGAAGUCCCAGCCUGGGCCGUCACCUGGGAGGGUCUGGAUCUGUGGUUCCUGGCAGCCCCAGCUUGGACCGGCAUGUGGCCUAUGGUGGCUACUCUACUCCCGAGGACCGCAGACCCACACUGUCCCGGCAGAGCAGUGCCUCUGGUUACCAGGCUCCUUCCACGCCCUCCUUCCCUGUCUCCCCUGCCUACUACCCUGGCCUGAGUAGCCCAGGCACCUCACCCUCACCAGAUUCUGCAGCCUUCCGCCAAGGGAGCCCAACGCCAGCUCUGCCAGAGAAGCGGAGAAUGUCAGUGGGAGAUCGGGCUGGCAGCCUCCCUAACUAUGCCACCGUCAACGGGAAAGUGUCCUCCUCGCCUGUCACCAGUGGCAUGUCUAGUCCCAGUGGGGGCAGCACGGUCUCCUUCUCCCACACUCUACCUGAUUUUUCCAAGUACUCCAUGCCAGACAACAGCCCAGAGACACGAGCUAAAGUGAAAUUUGUCCAGGACACUUCCAAAUAUUGGUAUAAGCCUGAGAUCUCUAGAGAGCAGGCCAUUGCACUCCUCAAGGAUCAGGAGCCAGGGGCCUUCAUCAUCCGUGACAGUCACUCCUUCCGAGGGGCCUAUGGGCUGGCCAUGAAGGUGUCUUCACCACCUCCGACCAUCAUGCAGCAGAAUAAAAAAGGAGACAUGGCCCACGAGCUGGUGCGGCACUUCCUAAUAGAGACCGGCCCCAGGGGUGUCAAGCUCAAGGGCUGCCCCAAUGAGCCGAACUUUGGCUCCCUGUCGGCCCUAGUCUACCAGCAUUCCAUCAUCCCACUGGCUCUGCCCUGCAAGCUGGUCAUCCCGAACAGAGACCCCACAGAUGAAUCGAAAGAUAGCUCGGGCUCUGCCAACUCAACCGCUGACCUGCUGAAGCAAGGAGCAGCCUGCAACGUGCUCUUUGUCAACUCUGUGGAUAUGGAGUCACUGACCGGGCCCCAGGCCAUCUCGAAAGCCAUAUCAGAGACGUUGGCUGCUGACCCCACACCAGCUGCCACCAUUGUUCAUUUCAAAGUCUCUGCCCAGGGAAUCACACUGACUGACAACCAGAGAAAGCUCUUCUUCAGGCGACACUACCCCCUCAACACCGUCACCUUCUGUGACUUGGAUCCACAGGAAAGAAAGUGGACGAAGACAGAGGGAGGUGCCCCUGCGAAGCUCUUUGGCUUCGUUGCCCGGAAGCAAGGCAGCACCACGGACAACGCCUGCCACCUCUUUGCUGAGCUUGACCCCAACCAGCCUGCCUCUGCUAUUGUCAACUUUGUCUCCAAGGUCAUGCUGAGUGCUGGCCAGAAGAGAUGAAUUCCCAGACCCCGUGCCCAGGCCAGGGCAGUGGGGAGGGGGGCCCGUGAAUCCUGACCACCUUGAAACCAGGAGGACUUUGGACCAAUUUUGGAGAAGGAGAGAAGAAAGUGCAUCAUGGGGAGAGGAAAGUGAAUCAUGGAGGGGUGGGGGAGAGGGGCAAAAAGAAAGAGAAGGUGGCAGAGUAAAACUCAGAUUCCCCUGGGUAGAUGGAAACUGCAAAAUCCCAAAGCCUCCCAAACUAACCAGGUCCCCAUGUUCCCCCUGCCCCUUGAGAGGAAGGAUUCCUCAGAGUGCACCAAUAGGCCUCCUUGGGACCCAUAUUUUAGGGUGGAGGGAUAGAAGAUCUGUGUCCCUGACCACCUUGCUUUGUGAGGAGAAAUCAAAAUACGAGAAUACUUUUUUGGUGGCGUGGACAUAUGUUCUUAAGCCAGCCAGCCAGUGGCAGACAGGGAGUGGUGAAACUUAGCCUUCUGCAAGUUUCUCAGACCCAAGGUGCCUCGGGUCUGAGCUGAGCCUCCAGUGCAUGGUCUUGUGGGUGCAUAAACAUCCCCACCCGUGUCCUCACACACUAAUUUCUAUCUGCCUUUUUCUGCUAGAAUCACAAACAGCUCUACUGCUCUGUGUCACAUGUGUCUGUGGCACAUGUGCUUAAGAUCCAAAGUUUAGGCUGGGGGUGACAGGCAUCAGGGAAGUGACAACAGCCCUCUCCUACAGGAGCACCCAGAUCAUGAGUCCUGGUCCCUACACCUGCCCUGUAGAGGACUUGGGUGCCACUAGCCCAUUGUCCUGUACAGGCUCUGGUAAGAGGAGGUGAUCCGCUGUACAGCAUUGCCUGUCCUGUUCUGUCUCAAUGG